GUGGCGACUCCAACACUUCUUAAUUCCUUUCUGUAUUCUCCUCAUGUUUUGCAGCUGUGCAAUGGUGGAUCUGUGACUGAUCUUGUGAAAGGAUUUCUGAAGAGAGGCGAAAGGAUGAAUGAACUUAUAAUUGCUUACAUUUUACGUGAAGCUCUGAUGGGACUUCAACAUUUGCAUGAAAACAAAACUAUCCACCGUGAUAUUAAGGGAAAUAAUAUCCUUUUGACCACUGAAGGAGGAGUCAAGCUUGUGGAUUUUGGUGUGUCUGCUCAGCUGACCAGCACUCGUCUCCGUCGGAACACCUCCGUGGGCACCCCGUUCUGGAUGGCUCCAGAGGUGAUUGCUUGUGAGCAGCAGCUAGAUAGCUCCUAUGAUGCCAGAUGUGAUGCAUGGUCACUGGGUAUUACUGCAAUAGAAUUGGGAGAUGGAGAUCCACCCCUUGCUGAUUUGCACCCUAUGAGGGCACUCUUCAAAAUACCAAGGAAUCCUCCUCCAACCCUACAGCAGCCUGAACUGUGGUCACCUGAAUUCAAUGACUUCAUUAACAAGUGCUUGACUAAAGAUUAUGAGAAGCGUCCGACAGUAUCUAGUCUUUUGCAGCAUGAUUUUAUUAAGCAAAUCGAAGGAAAAGAAAACGUGCUACAAAGGCAGCUCAUGGAAUUUAUUGAUGUUCAUCAACAAAUGGGAGUCACUGAAAAGGCAAGAUUUGAACGUAUUCAUACAAAGAAAGGGAACUACAGUAAGUCACUAGUUUCCAACCAGGAAGAGGUAGACGAUUUAGCAACCUUGGAGGUACUGGAUGAGAAUACAGUAACAGAGCAGUUGCAGAAGGGUUAUGCCAAGGAUCAGAUCUACACAUAUGUUGGAGACAUUCUCAUCGCUGUCAAUCCAUUUCGGAACAUAGACAUUUAUUCUUCACAGCAUUCCAAACUGUAUAUUGGAGCCAAACGGACUGCCAACCCUCCUCAUAUUUUUGCUGUUGCUGACAUAGGUUAUCAGUCCAUGGUGACAUACAACUCCGAUCAGUGUAUUGUUAUUUCUGGAGAAAGUGGAGCUGGCAAGACGCAAUCUGCCCAUCUUCUCGUUCAGCAGCUCACUGUCCUGGGCAAGGCUAAUAACAGGACUUUACAGGAGAAGAUUCUCCAGGUGAAUAACCUCGUAGAAGCAUUUGGGAAUGCAGGCACUAUCAUCAACGAUAACUCAAGCAGAUUUGGAAAAUACUUGGAAAUGAAAUUCACUUGUGGUGGCACUGUAGUAGGAGCUCAGAUUUCAGAGUAUCUCCUUGAAAAAUCCAGAGUCGUCCACCAGGCAGUAGGAGAGAAAAAUUUCCAUAUUUUUUAUUAUAUUUAUGCUGGUCUGGCAGAAAAGAAAAAACUGGCACAUUAUAAACUGCCAGAAUAUAGACCUCCCAGAUAUCUGCAAAAUGAUCAUUUCAGAAUAGUGCAAGAUUUCAUGAACAAUAGCUUUUAUAAGUCUCAGUUUGAAUUAAUUGAACAGUGCUUCAAAGUCAUAGGUUUUACACUGGAGGAACUUGGAAGUGUGUACAGUGUCCUGGCUGCCAUUUUAAAUGUGGGCAACAUUGAAUUUUCUGCAGUGGUAUCUGAACACAUGAUUGACAAGAGCAACAUUUCCAAUCCAGUAGCCCUGGAGAAUUGUGCAUCCUUGCUGUGUAUUCAGGCAGAUGAACUGCAAGAGGCCCUCACUUCUCACUGUGUAGUGACUCGAGGAGAAACAAUUAUUCGUCCCAACACUGUGGAAAAAGCCACUGAUGUCAGAGAUGCCAUGGCCAAAGCACUGUAUGGGCGCCUCUUUAGCUGGAUAGUCAAUCGCAUCAACACUUUACUCAAACCUGACAAACAUUUAAGUGGAAACGAUGAUGGUUUGAACAUCGGAAUUCUUGAUAUCUUUGGCUUUGAGAAUUUCAAAAAAAAUUCUUUUGAACAACUCUGUAUCAACAUUGCCAAUGAACAAAUUCAGUUCUACUUCAAUCAACAUGUCUUUGCCUGGGAACAGAAUGAAUACCUAUACGAAGGUGUUGAUGCAAGAGUUAUAGAAUAUGAGGACAACAGGCCCCUCUUAGAUAUGUUUCUGCAGAAACCAAUGGGUUUAUUGUCCCUGCUGGAUGAGGAAAGUCGAUUUCCACAAGCAACAGAUCAGACACUUGUAGAAAAAUUUGAAGAUAAUUUGAAGUCAAAAUAUUUUUGGAGACCCAAAAGAGUAGAUCUAACCUUUGGGAUUUAUCAUUAUGCAGGAAAGGUUCUAUAUAAUGCAAGUGGAUUCCUAGCCAAAAAUAGAGAUACUCUGCCAGCUGAUAUUGUGCUGCUACUGCGAUCAUCUGAAAAUAAUCUGACGCGGCAGUUGGUAACCCAUCCUCUUACAAAAACAGGUAACCUGGCACACACUAAAAGCAAAACUACAAUCAGUUACCAAAUGUGGACCCCCCGGAAAUCAAUCAGUCAUACAAAGAAUGAAGCAGGAGAUACCGGACAUCAUCCAAGAGAGACAACCAGCAUGAAAACACAGACAGUCGCUUCUUAUUUUAGAUAUUCUCUGAUGGAUUUGUUAUCCAAAAUGGUCGUCGGCCAGCCUCAUUUUGUCAGGUGCAUCAAGCCAAACAACGACCGGCAGGCAAACAAGUUUGAUAAAGAAAAAGUGUUGGUUCAGCUGCGUUACACUGGAAUUCUGGAGACAGCAAGAAUUCGAAGACAGGGUUAUUCACACCGCAUACUGUUCGCUAACUUCAUAAAACGGUAUUACCUCAUCUGUUACAAAACAAAUGAUGAUCCUCCAGUCAGCCCGGAAACCUGUGCUGCCAUCUUGGAAAAAGCCCACCUUGACAACUGGGUUCUUGGAAAAACUAAAGUGUUCCUCAAAUACUAUCACGUGGAGCAGCUAAAUUUAAUGCGGAAGGAGACAGUUGACAUGAUUAUUUUGAUUCAAGCUUGUGUCAGAGGGUGGCUGGGUUCAAGGAGAUACAAAAAGAUAAAGGAACAAAGGGAACAAAGUGCGAUUAAAAUACAGUCAGUUGCCAGAGGAUACUUACUCAGGAAGAAGAGAAAAGAACUAAUUGAGACAAGAAACAAAGCAGCAAUAACAAUUCAGUCUCACUACAGGGGAUAUAAGGAGAGGAAGACCUUCAAAAGGAGGAGGGAAUCGCUUAGAAAGAAACAAACUGAAAAUGCAGCAUCCAUUAGCGAAAAGGAAAAGGAUGAAGAACUUCAAGAUAAUGAGGGAAGUCCAGGCGGAGUGAAGAGUGCCCUUUCUAAAACAGAAGAAGAAGCAGCUGUCAUUGUUCAGAGCCAUUACAGAGGCUACAGAGUCCGUAAAAAAAAAAAGGAACAGCACAAAAAAAUAGCAGAGGAAGAAUUAUCUGCUGUGGAAUUCCUUGAAGCACAACUGCAGCCAGCAAAAAAUGAUACACUGGAAGAAGCAGCAAACAAGGAGACUCAAGAUGAAGCUGAUGCUGUUACUGACAGCGAAUGCUCUGGGUACAGUGAUACAAGGAAUGUACAGAAGCAACAGAAAACAUCUACUGAAGGAGAAGGAGCUUCUGUGAAGCAGAACCCUACAGUAGAAAAUGUUGGUAAAGGUAAAGAACAGGCCUCUUUGGAAGACUUGUCCAGCAAAUCUUCUGUCAAAAUCACAGCUGAACCUAGUCCCCAGCAAGAACAAGAUAAUCAAAACACAGUCAGUGCAGAUGGGCAAAAUCAAGAAUCUGCUGUGGCCCAGCCCGGGACUGACAGGGAUAUGGAAAGAAACCAUCUGAAACAUGAAGCAGUGAUGCCUGCAAAAUGUAAAGGAAUUAUAAGAAAAGAGUCACUAAGAGGCUCACAGCAGCAAGUUGAGGCAGAAAAACAAGGUUCAGAAGACAAAGAGAAGGCAGUGGUGGUUAUUCAGAGCAGUUACCGGGGUUACAAAAGGAGGGGACAGCUCAGAAAAGAAGGGAAGUUACCUUGCAAAAGUCAAGAGAAAGCUCUAAAGGAGCCAACAGAAGCAGUACAUGUUCAAAAUAAUGAUCCUCAAACAGCAAAAGACAGGGAAAGCACUGGUACAGAGGCUGAAGACUCUAAGACGCUGAAGGGAGACUCAGAGAAAGAGGCUUGUGAUUUGGCAGCCUUUUCGAGGCAGAUAUCAAAAUUAUCUGAAGACUACUUAGCAUUGCAGCAAAAAUUGAAUGAAAUGAUAUUGUCACAUCAGCUGAGACCUGUGAUGCUGUCCAAAGAUAAGCAAGCUAAUGGCCGACUUUCUUCUCAUGUUUGUCAGUCAGUUGCAGCCAAAGUAGAAGACUCUCACCCAAUGCAGAGGCCCCCAAGGAGGCCACGGAAGCCUAAGACAUUAAAUAAUCCAGAAGACUCCACCUACUACACUCUAAUACAUGUGAGUUUAGCAAGCUUCU